AUGGCUCUCAGCCAGUUGAUCUAUGAGCUUUACUCACAUCAAUGGAUUCAAGCUGAUCAGAACAAAACAAUUGGCGUCAAUGGCAAUAAGAUUAAACGUCUGUUUGGCAAUUGUGAUUGUGGAACGAUUGGUCCAUCAAUCGAUUCGGUAUCAUCAUUUUUAUCUGAAAUUGUUGGAAAAUAUGGAUUGUUAUUUGGUUACGUAGAACCACCAGAUGGAUUUCUACGAUGUGAUGAUGAACGUUCCUAUCUUGCUAAAAAUACGAGUGGCAUUGAUGCUAAUGGUUCAUUAUCAACUUCAAGAUUAUCAUUCAUUGAUUCUAGAUUAGUGCCUCUAACACCAUCUAUCGAUUUAUGGCUCUUGAUUCCUAAGUGCAUCAGAAUUCCAUCCAAUGGUUUCUUCGAUCUACCUUCUUGUCUAGUAUAG